UACACGUCUCGUUCUCGAUGAUAACUUGUAGUAGUACUGAUUAUGUGUAAACCUCACAACGUUUAGAGUUUAAAUUUGAAAAAAUUUUGGCGCGCUGUGCGCCAUCUAUAAGCUAUAACUUACCUGUUACCGACUGAUUCUCCUCAUAUUUUUUCGUUGUGCGUAAAGCAAACACGUUUACGAGUAUCAUAAAAAAUUAAUUAAUUAAUUAAAUUUCAACAAUCCGACUAUUCAACGAUGAAGAAAAGGAAACACUCAAGAUCAUCAUCAAGGGAAAGACACAAAAGACAUAAAAGUCGAGACCGAUCUGAUGAAAGUUUGCAAGUAAUGCAAAACCAAAUAGAUAACCUCACUAAUAUAGUGAGUACACUGGUGACCACAAUAAGUAAUAAUAAUAAAAAAGAUCUACCAGAGAAAGAGAAUAUAUCUCCACCUGAAAAAAAAUCCUGAUACUGCUCCAGUGAUCACAAGUGACGUUGUCACUCCAAAUUCUGACAAAGAACAGGACAACAGCGAAGCUGUAGACCCGACAGAGAAAACUGACAGCAGUGAGAAGUCAGAGACUACAAAAGACUCAGUGGCCAAGGAGGAAAUUUUAAAGAUUUUAGGUGAUGACUCCAACUCGUCAAAACAGCUAAGGAUCGACUUUCAACCUGAAUUAGUCACUACAUGGACUAAAUGGACGCAGGAAGGACUGCCGGAGAAAACAAAGGAAUCAAUCCUAGAACUUUAUCCUAGGAAAGGGGUUUUGUUUACAGAAGCCCCUAAAGUUAACCUAGAAGUCAUGCCGGUGCUGUCAGAAAUUGCUGUCAAGAGGGACAAGCACUUCCUCGAAACUCAAAACACUGUAGGCUCCGCAUUAUCUGCGUUAGGAGCAGCAAUAUCGAUGGUUUUAAAUAGAGAGUCAGACGAAAUUGAUCAAGAGAAAUUUCUUGAAUAUUUGUCUCAUACGGGACAACUACUGACAGACGUAUUCUUUCAACAGUCCGUUGCCAGGAAGUCAUUUAUUACACCUCUGCUUUCUAAGACUAUAAAACCAGCGAUAGACGCCUCUAAGGCAGAUGAAUGGCUCUAUGGGAAAAAUUUCACAGAGCAAGUGAAAGAGGCUAAAACCAUAGAAAAGACUACAGCGGGCAUAAAGGCCGCAGAUAAACAAGCAACAAAAUCAACCUGGUCAAAAAACAAAGAUCAGGGAAACGGGAAGAACCCACCUGCGAAGUACAGGCAGGUGGGUCAAUUCCUAAAGAAACCAACGAUCAAAUUCAGGAGCCGCACGCAGAAUACGUCUCAGAGCACAUCACAGAGUUCGUCGAGACAAUACAGCAAAUCGAAGAGCCAGUACACGUCGAGGAAAUAACUGACCAGGUAAUUGCAGGUAGACUGAAGUUUUUUGUCCAAGAAUGGGCAAAAAUUACUUCAGAUCAAUUUAUUUUAAAUUGUUUGAGGGGAUACCAAAUACUUUUUAAAGAGCCACCAUACCAAGAUACUCCACCACCAGAGUAUCAUGGCAAUGUCGAAAGAGCAGCUUGUACGUGCAAUUAUUAACAAUAAAAAUUAAUAUGGCCAGAAGAUAAUAAUUGUUGUAACUAAGGAAAUAAAAUAAUAAGAAUAACUAAGAUUGCAGGUUAUUUACGCUAAACAUCUACAAGUUAUCAUCGAGAACGAGACGUGUAAUAUAAUUGUACGAUCAAACGAGCCCGCCGAAGGCGGGCGAAGUUCGAUCGAAAUUAUGUUACACGUCUCGUUCGAAGAUGAUCAGUCCCUCCCUACAGAAUCCCAACUAUUUACCCAUGAUCAUCUUCCUUUCUUGGCAUCUUUUAGCAUUACCAAGCACGUUAUUCUUAUUAACAAAAAAAAAAAAAAAAAAAAAAAAACGAGGAAUCUCUGAACAAUAUGAGGAGAAUCAGUCGGUAACAGAUAAGUUAUAGCUUAUAGAUGGCGCACGGCGCGCCAAAAUUUUUUCAAAUUUAAACUCUAAACGUUGUGAGGUUUACACAUAAUCAGUAC